CAACAGGCAGGGCGGGUCCGCCGCGACGCUUCCAAACUCUCGCACGUUCCAGUCGCUCUAUUUCUCUCUCCCAGCUGAUAGUGACGUAGCGCGUGCGGCUUAGAACAGCGCACGGGGGCCAGCAGGGCUGACCGUCCGCCUGUUUCGUUUUUUCUUUUUCUUUCCCCCGGUGGGGACCGUAGAGUAGACCGCAGAGGCAAAGCGGUACACCGCAGACACGCAGCGGUCUUAGUAGUAUUUGUGUCGGUGUAGAGAAGGAGCCCUGAAGUGAGGAGGCUGUAUGUGCGGCUGUCACGGAGAGCAGAGAGGGGGAGCGCAUACCAGAGACGCCGUCAUUCAUUGUCGCUCCAAAGCGGCGGACAGGCCGCUAAACUGCUCACUAAUAUCCCGAAAAAACCGAGACGGGGGGCGGUGUGGUGAGUAGUGACCGGAGCCAACAUGGUGGAUUACUAUACCGUCCUGGGAGUGUCCCAAACCGCCUCUCAGGAUGACAUCAAGAAGGCGUACAGGAAACUGGCACUGAAAUGGCAUCCAGACAAAAACCCUGACAACAAAGAGGAAGCAGAGAGAAAGUUCAAAGAACUGUCGGAGGCCUAUGAAGUCCUAUCUGACACGAGUAAGCGUGAUGCAUAUGACAGAUAUGGAAAUGAAAAGAUUCGACACACAGGUUCCUCCAGCUCAGACUUUUCAUCAGAUUUGCCAGGAUUCACUUUCACAUUCCGCAACCCAGACGAGGUUUUCAGAGAGUUUUUUGGCAGCCAGGAUCCUUUUGCUAACUUUUUUGACGACUUCUCAUCCUUUGGAGGCUCGUCCUCUCGCCUCGGCCCCAGUCGGUUCUUUUCUUUUCCUUCAGCGCGAGCUGAUUUUACCUCCUUCUCCUCUUCCUCUGGUGGUCUGGAUGGGAUGGACAGCAUGGGCGGAGGGAUGGGCAACUUCAAAUCAGUUUCUACCUCCACUCGUAUCGUAAAUGGAAAACGCACCUCCACCAAGAAGGUAAAGGAGAAUGGGCAGGAGAGAACAGAGAUUGAGGAGGAUGGGGUGUUAAAGAGUGUCCUAAUUAAUGGUGUGGAGGAUGAAAUGGCCCUCGCUCUGGAGCUGAGCCGACGGGUUGGACAGCCCCGCCCCACACCUCCAAAGCCACACAUCCAAAACAGAUCACCUGCCGAUUCUGACAGAUCCCACCCCAGCCCUCACUCUGCACCGACACACCGGUCACUUAGCGCCGCUCCCUUCUACAACUACGGGGUUACGGGCAGCAGCGAGGAUGACGAAGAAGAUGAAGACCUGCAGAUGGCUUUGGCAUGCAGCCUGUCAGAAAUGGAAGCCCAGCAGAGAGCAGCUGCUACCAACUUCAUAUCAGGUGCUGGGGGUGUGGGCAGAGCCAUGAGUGACAAAGGUGGUGGCCAUCAAGGAGGCGGGGUUGUUAAGACUAUACAUUGUUGUGCCGCUAAUACUGAAAAGGUGCUUGCAAGGGAGAGAGAUGAAGAGGGGCAGUUUAAAAUGGGCUCAGGGCCUGAAGCUGGGCGGGCAAAGGAGGGAAAGGCAACCAGGGAACCAGACUUCUCUCCUGAGUCAUCCACAACUGCCAACACUACGCCUCUAAGCCAGAGCAGUGAAGAGGAGUUUGAACCUGCCGUGAAAAAUAAUAAUGGCAGUGUGAAAAAGAAAAAGAAGUGUGGGUGUAUUAUGUGCUAAUGCAGUGUGUGUGUGUGCGUGUGUGUGUGUGUGCGUGUGUGCAUUUGCAAUGCCUUAUUUUUUAAUAAUUGCCUACAGGCCGACUCUAAUGUUAUGUAAUUGCCAGACUCUUGAUUUAAGGCAGUGGCCCAACUGAUCCCAAAGUGUUACUGCAGUUUUACAACUUCUCAAAGAGAGAGUGAGUCAAUGGUAACAUUUCCAUUUUUGCCAAAAUACAGCUAUGAUAUCAAAUCGAUUGCAAAGCAACUUUUCUGAAAGUAUGUGAAUUUGCCCAAUAUUUAUGCAGAUGGAAAGAGUGGGAUUCAGAAGAAUUCAGAUGUGGCCAAGUUGUUAGUGAUUUAAAUCUGAGUAAGGGCAGAGUGUUGAUACAAAUCUUACUUAUUUACUUACUUAAAAGCUUGUUAGAAUAUAUAUAUAUAUAUAUAUAUAUGUAUAUAUAUAUAUAUAUAUAUAUAUAUAUAUAUA